UCAGGUUAUCUUCGACAAUCUGAUCUCUGCCUGGGGCUUCAAUGGUCUCCUUUCGCACUUCAGCUACGUGAGACGAUACUAUCAAGCCCGACGUGACUUCACCAUAGCGGCCAUGGACAAGCAUCUAAAGAACAUCUGCGAAUGGACAGUGCCCACAGGUGGAAUGUUCGUCUGGAUCAAAGUGCAUGGAGUUGCCGAUGUCUACGACAUGCUAAUGACCCGAGGGCUGAAGAAGAACAUCACUUUUGUGCCUGGACACGCUUUCAUGGCCGAUCCCACUCAGGCGUGCCAGUACAUCCGGGCAUCCUUCAGCAAAGCGAGCUUGAAGCAAAUCGACAAAGCCAUGAAGCUACUGGGCGAGUUGAUAAAGGAAGAACACUUGCUGCUUCGCAGGAAGCUGGAUGGCUUGGAGAAUAAUAUACUUAGAUAGUUGAUGCAGAAGCCUGAACAUUGAAGAAGCAUGUAUAUAAAAUACACCGGCCCUCGCAGGCAGAAAUGGGCAAGGAAGGAGCAUGGCUAGUUGGGGGCGUCUAGAUGAAGACUUCGCACAGCAAUGCAUCUGAGUAGUCUUCUAGUACACGUAGGUCCUAUGAAUAGGGUAGAUGUAACGAAUAAACCUGUAUGAAAUAAAUGGCUGCAAUUUACUGGG